AUGGUGGAAAAAGAGCAGGUAAGACCAUUGGCUCCGGCCAUCGACCGACACCAUACCGCCAGAGAUGAUGAAGACACAGUUUACAAAAAAACCACUCGCACAAGGAAAUACGUUACGUGGUAUAAGAACACGACAACAAACCUAUACUAUCGUGGGAUGGUGAUAGGGGUGGCACGGGGGCUACCAGGGCAGUCAAAGGCACGACGAACAACAAGGAUGAACAUUACCAUGGACAUCAUGGUUGAUAGGCUACUAGAAAACCCUAAUUUACAAAGUGACAUCGGUACAGGUUUAUUGAACAUGAGCAACUAUACAAUAGUUGGUGGUAGGGUCAAACUUUUAACUAUUAUUAAGAAACAUGUGAUUGUGAGCAUGAAUUGCACAAUGAGAGUCAACAUUAUUAAUAGAGCCAUAGAAGACCAAAACUGCAAGAAGAAAGUUAAAAUCUAA